UCAAGCUGCAAAGCUUUUUCUUUUCCGUAUUGGUCUCUUUUUCUUUUUUCUUUUGAUUUUGUUAAUGAAAUAAUUUCCUUAAAAACAUUAUUUGUAAAACAAAUAAAUAAAGUUUCUAAUUUGUAUCAUUCUACUAUAACACACUAUUUGUUUGUUGUGGAAAUCUUUACAUACAAAAGUUUAUUUUAAAAUUUCAUAUUAUUGAUUUUUCUUUUUUGGUAAAAUGAAGAGGGCAAGAGCAUAUUAUUGAUUAUCAAACGUGAAAAAAGCCUGAAACUAACUCAAACGCUCUUCUCGUUCAUAUCUUACCUUUCAUUCUGUUGAAACAUUCAAACCCUUAAUCUAAACAUUCUCACACACAACACAACACAUCCAAUUCAUCCUACAACGCAUCCGAAAGCAACACAAACCAAUCAACUAUUCUAAUGGAAACAAGAUCUGCUAAGCGAAGGAAACUUCCGUUUGCAGAAAGUUGUGAUCAAGGAGGUGACCCCCCUGCCGGCAUCGACCGCAUCAGUGAUCUUCCUGACCCUAUUCUCCAUCACAUCCUCUUCCUCCUUUCUGUCAAAUCCAUUGCAAGAACCAGCACCUUAUCGAAAAGAUGGAGAUCUGUGUGGUACUCGUUUCCUGACCUCGACUUUACCACUAUCAGCACCGCUAAUACUCUUGCAAAUAUCUCUCAAACAAAUUUUCUCAACACGAAAAGACCACCGCCGCAUUCUUUGUCAAUGGACUUCAUUUCUCAGGUAUUGGCUCUCCGCGACAAGCAUUCUGAUCUAAGAACCCUUCGUUUUCGUGCUCGCUCGAGCUUUUCAUGUCUCAAUGGUUUGAUACGCAGUGCAAUUAGACAUAACGUACAAGAACUUGAUGUGGAAGUAGCCACUGAAGAUCACUUCAAUUUCCCUCGCGGGGUUAUAACCAGUAAAACUUUACGAGUUCUGAAAUUAAAAUCUAUGUAUCCUGGCUUCAGAUUGCUUCCUUCUUCGGUAAUGACUGAUGGGUUUCGAUCACUGCAAGUGUUGUCGCUUUCUCUUGUCAUUUUAUACGAUCAGUCCUCACUGUUGGAUUUGUUUACAGAAUCAUCAUUCCCUCGUCUCAAGAAAUUGAAUCUAGAUGCUUGUUUUGGAUUGAAGCAUCUCAAGAUUAGUUGUCGAGGGCUCGAAGAUUUAACCCUUGAGAAUUGCUUUCAGCUCCAUGGCUUGGAGAUUUGUUGUGGAAAACUGGAUAAAUUGAGAGUUGCUAGCUGUUUUGAUGCGUAUUAUGAGAAAAGUUGGGUUAAGAUUAAUUCACCAAACCUUAGAAUUGUGUUUUGGGAGUGUAAUGCAAUUACUGGUACAAGUUCUCUUGAGAACCUAACCUCUUUGCGUGAAGCUUCUGUUGGUUUUUUUCUACUUCAUGAAGACGUAAGUGCUGAGAAACUUCAAAGUGUGUGGGAUCUUUUAUCUGGGCUCUCUAAUGCUUAUAGUUUGACCCUUGAAAGCGAAUGUGUUGAGAUUUUAUCGAACAAGAAUAACUUCUCACAUGUUCUCUAUCCAUUUAGCAAUCUUAAAAUCUUGAAGUUGGAAACUGGUUUCAACAAAAGUAAUGUACCCGGAUUGGCCUCUUUGUUCAGAAGCUCUCCCGCAUUGCAUACUCUUGUUCUCAAGAUUAUCAACGAUUGCAAGAUUGAAAGGAGACAAUGGAAUAGAGACUUGUGGGAUAUGUCUACCACAAAGGAAGAGCAAUUCUGGGAAUCUCAGAUCCAUACAUUGAAGCCUUUCCUAAGCCAUCUCAAGGUGGUGAAAAUUCAUGGAUUUUUAGAAUGUGAGAAUGAAGUUAGUUUGGCAAAGUUUUUGCUCAAGCAUGGCAAGUGCUUGCAAGAAAUGACUCUUUGCACAGCACGUUGCAAUUACAGAGAUUCUCUUCGACGACAAAAAGUUAGGUCUCAAAUGAUGGGAUUCUCUUGGGCUUCUUCUAAUGCUAAAGUUGCAUUUCAAUGAUUCUGUUUUCUUUUUUUUUCUUCUUCUUUUUUUAGUGUAAGUCUACAUCUUUAGUUGCUGAUGGUAAUGGGUGCUAAUUGGGAUUGAGUAUAGCCAAUGAAGUCAUCUCUAAGGGUACAAGAGUACAAAACCUUGUUGCUGCCAAGAAUUUUGUCAUAAUAAUUAAUUGACAAAGAUGUCUUGGUACUUUUAUUUUCACAAAUUUUAUAUGUAA